AGGACGUUGAAAGUCACCCCUCUCCCUUGGGAAAGGAAACGCUCGAUCAGCAGCUUCUCCCUCGAUCGCAGAGGCGCUGCUGGCUGCUGCGGUCGAAUUUACUGGCGAUCCCCUUUCUUCCGUUGAUCCGCUCCCCUCCGAUGCGUCUCGCCGAUGGGUGUUUCCGUUUCUCUGUUCUACUCCUCGUGCUAGGUGCCCGCGGCCUCGGAGCAGUCGGAUCCGUCGGCGAGGGCACCGAUCUCCCUGAUGCUGCAGUGAACCUCAACGUCUCCGAUUUCGAGACCGUCCUCAGGGGUUCGCCGGCGAGCUUCGCAGUCGUCGAGUUCUUUGCUCAUUGGUGUCCUGCAUGCAGAAACUAUAAGCCUCAUUAUGAAAAAGUUGCAAGGAUGUUCAAUGGACCAAAUGCUGUGCAUCCUGGAAUUGUUUUGAUGGCACGGGUUGAUUGUGCGAUGAAGAUAAAUACAAAUCUUUGUGGUAGAUUUUCAGUUGGUUUCUAUCCCAUGCUAUUGUGGGGUCCUCCAGCUAAAUUUGUGUCGGGUAGAUGGGCUCCUAAACAAGAAAAUACUGAAUUACAAUUGAUUGAUGAUGGAAGGACAGCAGAUCAGUUACUCAAUUGGAUAAACAAAAAACUUGGCAGUUCAUUCAACUUCGUUGAUGGCAGAUAUGAAAAUGAAAACACAUUUUCCAAGAAUGCCUCGUAUCCUGAACAGAUUGCUCGUGCUAUUUAUGAUGUUGAGGAAGCCACAGCGUUAGCUAUUGAGAUAGUCAUAGAAAAUAAGAUGAUCAAGUCAAGUACUCAAGCACCAAUCAUAAAAUUUCUCCAGCUUUUGGUGGCACAUCAUCCUUCAAAAAGGUGUCGAAGAGGAAUUGCUGACCUACUUAUAAGCUUUGAUGAUAUGUGGCCUUCAGGUUCACUUUCAGAAGAAACACAUAUGCUGCAAGAACAUGACAUACUGAAAUCCUAUCCAAUUUGUGGCAAGGAAGUUCCUCGUCGAUAUUGGAUAUUUUGUCGAGGGAGUAAAGAUCAUUCAAGAGGCUUCAGUUGUGGCCUAUGGGUUUUAUUCCACUCCCUGUCUGUUCGAGUUGCAGAUGGCGAAAGCCAAUUGGUUUUUACUGCAAUACGUGACUUCAUCCAAAACUUCUUUGUUUGCGAUGAUUGCCGUAGGCAUUUUUCCGAAAUGGCUUCACGUGUUUCAGCACCCUUCAACACCACUCGCGACUUGAGCAUUUGGCUAUGGAAAGCACAUAACGAAGUCAACGAGCGACUCGUGACAGACCCAAGAUUUCCCAAAAUAAUAUGGCCGCCAAAUCAGCUUUGUCCAUCAUGUUACACUUCUUCAAGCGUGAAAAAUAGCAGCAACAAGCAAAUAAUCUGGAACGAGGAUGAGGUGUAUAAAUUUCUGGUGCACUAUUACGGGAGGAUGCUCGUUUCAUCUUACAAAGACACAACUCUGAGUCAAAACAAGGAUGGUGACGAGUCGAAUGACACUGCAGCCUCAAACAAUGCAGUCGCAGUACCCAUCGGGGCUGCACUGGCCAUUGCUCUCGCCAGUUGCACAUUUGGAGCCUUGGCUUGCUUCUGGAGAGCCAAGCAGAAGAAAAAGAAGUAUUUACACCAACUUCGUUCUUUUAAAGAAGUAUGAUCCUUAGGAUGCAAAUCACAUCAUUCCAUCUAAUGUUCAUUUUGGCUGGAAAAGAUGCUUUUUUUUUUCUUCUCGCCUUUGUAAUGCUUUUAGGAAUAGGAAAAGUUUGGAAGAGAUGCAUGAAAUUAUCAAUGUACAGAGGAAAGGGAUAGGAAGUGUUUAGGAAUACCUUGUUUACUUAUUAUCCGAUGCUAUUGUAUUUAUUUAAAUAACUGUAGUUGCAAAGAGUUUUGCAUUUGCAAAUAAAAAAAUGUUGAAUAGUUUGAUCUA